GGGCGGGUUACUUGCCAAGGUCGCGUGUGGUGAACAUGGUUAAUAUACCCAAGACGAGGAAUACGUUUUGUAAGAGUGCCAAAUGCAAAAAACAUACUUUGCAUAAGGUAACUCAAUACAAAAAAGGGAAAGAUUCUCUGUAUGCUCAGGGCAAGCGGCGGUACGACAGGAAACAGUCAGGUUAUGGCGGUCAGACAAAACCAAUUCUCAGGAGAAAAUCUAAAACUACAAAAAAGAUUGUGCUGCGGUUAGAGUGCUCUCAGUGCAAAUGUAAGAAGCAACUGCGAAUCAAGAGGUGCAAACACUUUGAACUUGGUGGAGAUAAGAAGAAGAAAGGUCAAAUGGUUACCUUUUGAACGAUUGCUCAUAAAUAAUUAGUUGGUACACAUAGUUGUUUUGGUUUAAAGUCUAGUAAUUGUUUGUUUGUGUGAAUCAGGAUUAAUUUUGCAAAUUUAUUGAGCUGGCAAGUGACG